AUGCAAUCAGAAUUCUUAGGUCGAAAAGACAGUGAAAAGGCAUUUAAAAUCCUGAUUCGAGCUGAUCGUCAUUUUCGCAACUUUGAAUAUGAAAAGGCAAUUGAGGCUUAUAAUGCCGCCAUUUGUCACGCGUUCUUGGAUACGCCAGAGAUGAGAAACGGCUUUUAUGGAAGAGCGCUGGUGUUUGAGAAAAUUGGAUUGUAUGACGAAGCCUUAAGGAGUUUGCGGAAAGCGUUAGAUAUAAAACAGAGUAUCGAGGAAGCGAAUCAAUUAAAUUGCUUGAAAGAUAAAAUUUUGUGGUUGAAGGAAAAAAAUUACAAAGUUCCAAAAGCUCAAAAAAAGUUAGAACCAGUAUUAAGUCACAAAGCACUAGAAAAUGUUCCAUUUGCCUCAGAGUUGAUCGAAAUACAAGAAAAUGCUCAAUUCGGUCGUUAUUUGACCGCAAAGAAAGAUUUGACACCUGGCGAAAUAAUUCUCAUUGAGGACCCAAUUUGUCAAGUACUUGAUCGCGAGUUCAUCUACAAAAAGUGCACCCAUUGUCUCAGAAGUAACAACUUCGAUUUGAUUCCUUGCGACAAAUGCUCCGUGGCGAUGUUUUGUGACGAGAACAAUUGUCGGGCGUCGCGUCACAAUUUCCACAAAUACGAAUGCAAAAUUAUGAUGCCCAUAAUAAAUAUUUUGUGCGACGAAGGUCGUCUACCGUGGAUUUCGUUGCGACUUUUGCUCAUGACACUUGUGCAUUAUGACGACGACGUGCUUGAACUUGCCAAAUUGUCUGCCAACGAAGAACAACAGCAUCGGAUACAAUUUAAAAAGUUUAACUAUCAAGCGGCGACUGGUCCAGAAUAUAUUCGAUACGUGCUGAACUUGGCCAUGAAACAUGUGACAGACGCAGACGAAGAUGCCGAAAUACGAAAAAUGUCGCUGUUAAUUGUGGAACUGCUGCUCAAAAGGACGCCGGAAUUCAAAAAGUUUUGCACCGCAAAAGAAUUGUUAACGGAAAUUCUGGUCAAAUUUUUCCUCAUUAAUAUGGCGAAUAAUUUCGUGCUGACGAGUUAUCCAACGUGGCAGGAAAAAAGUGACGCACUCAGGCACGAGUUGUUCGGAAGUGCGUUAUAUCCCUUCACGAGUCUCAUUAACCAUGCAUGUGUCCCUAAUUUGAAAGUCAAAUUCAUCGGAGAAAGUAAUUCACGUGUGAUGAUUUAUGUAACGCGGCCCAUAAAAGCCGGCGAGCAGCUGUUCAUCUGCUACAAAAAGACCAUUAGCUACCUUUUUGCCGAAAAAACGAGUCGUCAACAAGUCAUGCAAGCAGAUUAUGGGUUUGAGUGUUGUUGUGAGGCAUGUUCUCGCGACUAUCUGACGUUGAAAAAUCUUCCCAGAAUCGAAUCUAUUACCGAGGAUGAGCAAAAUUUGCUUGAAAAUGCCGCGAGCGAGGUACGAACAAACAUUGAUGCAGCAAAAAAGUGUUUACCGAAAAUUGUAACGAUGAUUGAAAAGUACAACAGCAGCUUUCCCAGUAUCGAAUGCUAUCAAAUGGAGUCAAUGUUGGAAUAUUGCAUAUCGACGAUGUAUCGCAAUCGACCGUUAAUGUAUGAAUAA